CAACAUUCUCCCAGCCGCCGCUGCUCCUCGAAGAAUCGCAAUUGCAUUGCGCUCGUCAGGGUUGAAGACGCGGCAAGGUGACUACAACGGGCGGCUCUACUCCCGAAAGACGACGUUGUUGCGAGAUCGCGGGGCACCCCUGUCGCCAGCCAGCCCGCGCGGCAAACCAACACACACACAACCGCCUCACAGGCACGCACGCACGUCACACCACCUCGGCCGCAGCCUCUCUGUCAAUCGUGUCGCCGUCGACGAACGGCCAAACGCCCUUGAUCGCCAGAUACACCGCUGCCGGCCUCUGCCCUCGCCGACAUUUCUUGCUGGCCGCGCCCGCUUCUUUAUCCUCGCCGACUCUCGUCUAGCAAAGCAGCAUUGUUGCAUUCGCCACUUGUCGCGUGCCUUUUGUUCUGCCCGACGACUUGUUCGGGUGCCGAAUUCAGCCAGUAUUAGACUGCGUCUCGUCUGCGGCCUGUGUCGCAAACGGAGACGCCACCAUGCACCCUCAGCCCAGUGCAUCCCACGACAUGAUGGAGCUGCCACGCAGCGCAGACCUCAACUCGUCAUCACCAUUAUCGGCGAGCGAUACAUUCGGGGCCGCUGCCAUGGAUGCCCCAAUCUCGGCCGGUGCUGCAGUUGUCGCCCAGGGUGCGGCGCCCCUCGUCGUCAUGACCAAGGCCCCCAGCGACGGCCAAGGCGACGACUGUCAAACGCCUGCAACCCCGUCUAGAGGCGGUGCAUCCGGCAACCAUGGCCUCGCAACGGUCGUUGGCGUCGACGCUCCCUCAGAGUCAGAGGCUGACUCCAGCCUCGCCGCGCCCGCAUCGCAAUCCGCAUCGGACAAGCAAACGUCAGCAGUCCCCGACCGGGAUCCCGAAUCUUGGGUCGCACCCCCGGCUGCCCUGCAGACCCCGGCUGCCGGGAUGCCUGCAGCGGGUGAUGCCGCCGCCCUGGCGACCCUUCUCGGCGUGCAUCCGACAUCACGUCCACAACCUCCACAACCAUUACCGCAAUUGCAACCGCAACCUCGAUCCAACCCCACCUCGACCAGCGCCGCCCGCACCCUGACCACGCCAAGCGAGACCCCUCCCUCUGCGCGCUCGCCCACGGAAUCAACGCCUGCGACGUCUCAACAGCAGCACUUUGAAAGCGCCGUGCCAAUGGGCCUUGGAGCAUCGAAGCCGUCUGUCAACGACGAGCCCGCCGCCGCCGCCGCCGCCGAACCGUCGCUGCCUGGUCGUGGCCAAGAGGAGCGUGACAGCGCUCAUUCCGUCGACCCUCAAUGCCCUCCUCCCCCGGUCCAAGCCACUGCCGGUUCACCCGCCGAUCAUGGUGGAGCCCAUGGGGGCCUUGCUACGCCCCCGGAGCUGGAGCCUGCGGCCAGCGACGACAAAUUCCACAUUGAUUACGAUUAUGACGACGCCCAAGGACACCGCAUCCUGCGACUCAAGCCCACGACCGCUCAGUGGGACGACUUCCCCGCCGUUCUGGCGUAUGCCAGGAAACUUGGCGCCGAGGGCGACGGCUGCUUCAAGGUCAUCAUUCCUCAGAGCCUAUGCGAGCCGCUCCCGGACAAGGCAUCCAAGGCAGUCCCUGCCAACGCAUACAGGGUAAAGCAAAUUCGCAAGACGACCUUCUGGCAGGUUAGCACCGUGCCAUCCGAUGGCGAGUUUAGCUCAUUGAAUACGGGCCCCGAGUUCGCCGGCACCGUCGACGCGGCGUUCAAGAACCUGCGGAGGCUGUUCAAGACCAACAAGGACAGGCAGAUGCGAAAUGUACGCUACAGGGUUGAUGUCCCCGCGUGGACACCGAGACAGCGGCUUGAGGCCGGGGUCCCGGAACGCAGCCCACUCCAUCCUCUCAAGGGCGACAAGCUGGAUCACACCAAAGCCGUCAUCCCCGGCAUCCACACCCCUUAUGUGUACGAAAGUGGGCCAUACUUUGGCGCGACCUUUCAGAUACACGCCGAGGACUUCCGUCUUGCCUCUCUCAACCAUCUCUACAAGGGCCGCAAGAUUUGGAUCGUCAUCCCAUCCACGGCCGUCGACAUCGCCGAGAAGGCGCUCGGCCGAGGCACCGGCUGCUCGCAAUUCAUGCGCCACCGUGCCGAGUUCUUCUUCCCCGACAAACUGGACAAGUUGGGCAUCCCGUACCGCUUCGUCGACCAGCGCCCCGGCGAGACAAUCGUCAUCUUGCCCGACGCUUAUCACGAGGGUUUCAGUACCGGCUACACCAUCGCCGAGGCCAAGAAUUAUGCCGACGCGAGCUGGAACACGGACGCGUACCAGCCCUGCGACGUCACUUGUAAGCUGGUCACGGCGAUCCCCGCGGCUUUCAUGCGGCCGCUGGACCAAGGCGAGAUGAGGCUGGAUCUGUGCGCGGCAUACGGUGACGAUGGAAAGCUGAAGCCCUUGGAGGUUUCGCAGAAGCGAUCACACGACGCAUUGGGCGACGGCGUGGACGUCAUAGCCGUUGCGCCGUUCGUUUCCAAGAGUAUGCAGUCUACGACCCCUGGAGGACCAGAUUUGAAGCGCGUUAAAGUGUGAGUGGUGACGACAGCAUGAGAAUUGCUUUUACGCAGCCAUGACAGGAUUCGUACCUGUACUUUUGGCGUUUGGAGGGAAAACCUGUACAAGAAAGAAGCAUAUCCGCACGUCUUGUGGACAAAGGGAGUCGGGAAAACGUGCUUCGGGCUGCGUGUUUGGUUCUUUUGCUGCAAUAUACCCAGUGUACUUGGGGAUGAUGAUCACCGCCGGGAUUAGGAACAACGGCGUCGCAUGUUGGGAUUGCUUGCGAGCCAACGACGACGGUGGACAGGCUGGUUGGUGAAGGGGGGAGCAAGUGAUGACUGCUACAAAGCCUAGUUGGGAUGGCGGUACCACGCAUUUAGACAGCCUUUGGCACUUCAAGGCAUUUGCUACUCGGGGCGGAUCGAUGUAUGGUCGGGAUGGGUGAAGGAAUGGAUUGUGACAUAUUGCCAUUUCUUUGAACUUGGGGGACAUAAUCGUAAACAGCACAACCCGUUAUUGAAACAUGACUCCCC